CACAAAUUGGAGUCACAAAACUUGGAUAAGUUGGAGAAUUUUACCUGGAAGUGAUUUAAGUUUGAAGAAGUAUUGAAAAUAAAAGAAGUUGUAAAACUUGAUAUAUUAGGGAUGAUACAAUGGAGAAUUAGAGAUUCUUUCUUUGAAUUAAUUGAACUUACAGUUGUCAUGGAAACAGUGUAAUGGCAUACAAUGUUAGGUUCUUGAAUAAAAAGAUAAUUUCACUAUAACAGAGAUUGAUGAGUGAAAAGUGCAGGAUUAAAACAAAUAAUAUGGAAUACUUAUGACUGGAUUAUAGUGAAUUGAUAUACAAUAAUAGUACUCUGUAGGGUCUCACCCCUAUAUGGUAUUUAAACAAUAUUACAAAACAUGAAGUUGGUGUAGGAUAUGCCACAGCCAUAGUUAUAAGAAACUAUCACAAUGCCUCCAAGUUCAAAAUUCAAGAAUCUUGCAAAGACAAAUACACUUCUUGAGAAAACCAAGAAGGCUGGCAAAAAAGCAAAGACUGUAAGCUUAGGAUCCUCCAUACAAUCAGGAGGGUUUGAAGGGUUGAAUGAUGAAGAUGUCAAUGACAGUUUUGCACCUAACCCAGAGACAGAGCUACAGAACCAAUUAAAGUCAUGUCUCACAGAGUGCAGUCGGCAGCGUCUCCGUGCCUUCCAGAUGAGCUUACGACGAUUCGAGAAUAGUGAGAGCAGAAUCUCCACCAAGGAUCUGAAUCAAGUAUUUCAGGAGCAUCAGAUAAAGCUUUCACCAAGGGCCUUUCAGAUGUUACAAGAUCUCUAUGAGGACCAUCUGGGCAUUGACUAUGAACGCAUGUUUAAAUGCAUGGUGGUCGCACAGACAAAAACAGGUCGUGAUAGUGUACUAGCCAACAAUAAUGAAAAUGACAUCUCCGCCUCCAAGAAUCAUCACACAUUAAGCACAGACCAAAGGGACGCUGAUCUUGUCUCUAGAUUGAAGGCUCAGUUAGGCAGCAAUGAAGCUUUUGACAUGCAGGAGUUGAGAAAUGCACUGCAAGUCCAGGAUAGAACCAAAGCAGGGAAACUGCCCAUGGCUGAGAUGCUGCGUAUAUGCCAUGAUGUUCUGCUGCCAGUGUAUGGUGCUGUUUUGAAUGGACUGUUGAAAAGGUGUGACGAUGAAAGAAAUGGAAUGGUAAGUUGGCCAGGGGUGAUGAUGUUCUUGGACAAAGCACAGGGAAAUGCUCGACCCACCAAAACAAAGUCUGGAUUAUCCACAUCUGGUAGUUUGAAUGAUUCAGUUUUCUCAAGUAAAGACAUAAGCAUAGACACGAUAAAGGAAUCCGAUAAGGAAUCUGAAAACUCUUCUGAGCAAAUGAAUCGUGCACCUGGUCAGAAAGAGGUCAAAGGUCAAAGAGCUACAACUGCUAAAACUCGACCCCAGACGUCAAAGAAGACUGCCAAUAAACCUCCAUCUGCAGUGUCUAGAAAAGAGACUGGCAAGCCCCCAGCAAGUCCUAGAACUGCAGAAUCUGCCAAGCCAGGGGCAAGUCCCAGAUCCAAACAUUCCCCAACUCCAGAGAGGGACAUGUCAUCUCAACAGAUGAAUACAUCGGCCAUUAAGGAGAGCAAGCCUGAUCUACAAAAAUCUGCUGUUCAAAUAAAUAUAGCCAAACCUCAAGAAAAAACUACAAAAGAUAACUUGAAAGCUACUGAGCCAGCCAGCACUCCUAAGCCUGCAACCCUAGAGACAGAAUCAAAGUCACAACCCAAGCCUUCAACUACCACAAAGCCAAAUGUUAACCCAACUCAAGUGAAUACUUCUGAGAAGGAACCACAAAUGAAACCCUCACUGACUGUUGUAAGUGAAGCACAACCACCUGUUAAUCCUUCACAACCCAGUACCACUGAA